AUGGAGGCCUUGAGCAUAGAGAACUUUGACCAUAGCGUAGCUAUGGUGGCGUUCCAGAACACCCUGAGGCCUGGCCCUUUCGCCCAGUCAUUAGCCAAAAUGCCCCCGAGUACGUUCACGGACAUAUUAGGCCGAGCCACGAAGUACAUAAAUGUCGAAGAGGUCAUGCAGGCUAAGAGGGCAGAGCAUGUGGAGAAGAAGGAUAAAAAGAAGCAUCCGGAGGAAAGGAAGAAUGACGAUCGAAGGGAAAAGCAUCAUCCUCGGUGGUAUUCGGGUGGUUUUACUCCUCUAAAUGCCCCGAGGGCAGAGAUCCUUGCUAUUAUUCAGGGUAAAGACUACUUGAAAAAGCCUCGAUCGAUUAAGACGUCGUCCGACAAAAGGAACCGAAGUAAAUACUGUCGUUUUCAUCGGGAUCUUGGUCAUGAUACGGAGGAAUGUCACCAAUUAAAGGAGGAGAUUCAGGAGCUCAUCAAUCGGGGUUUCCUGAAGAGCUACGUGGCCAAAGCAGGUGAUUCUCGGGGAAGGAAGGACCAACGGUCGCGAUCGAGGAGCCCCCCCAAGAGGGACCGCACGGAGGAUCGAAAUCGGACUCAGCGGGAGAGAUUGCAUCGAGGGGAAGAUAAUCAUCCUCAGCCUCCGGUAUUCCACACACUCGCAGCAAGGGAGGUCCCGAUCAUGAAGGGUGAAAGAGAUGGUGCCGUCCGGCUGAAAAGAUCGAGGAGUGUGGAUCCAAUUUCUUUUUCAGAUGGCGACCUCCCGGGAUACUCGAAUCGAAAUGAUCCGCUGGUGAUAACAGUCGAGAUCGAGAAAUGGGAGCUUCGGCGGAUCCUCGCGGAUCCAGGGAGCUCUUCGGAAAUCUUGUAUCGGCAGGCCUUUUUAGGCAUGGGUAUGAAAUGA